GUUUGUGCGUUGAAGGGAAAGCGUAAUAACGCCUCCUGAUAUCGAUAUCGAUAUCAUAUCACAAAAAACAAUAAACCAAAAAAGAAACGCUAAAAACUAGUAGUUUUGUGUGCCAGGAAAACGGAAAGGUGGACAUAGUUAAGUUACCACAACAACCGACGGAUAUCGACUCCAGACACCACAUCGCCCAGCGCCACCAUGGACAUCAUGGAUAUCCAGGCCGUAGAGUCCAAGCUGAGUGACGUCACGGUGACACCGAUACCGCGCAGCCAAGUGCAGAAUUUCUACAAUUACCAGCAGCAGCGGGAGCAGCGCGAGCAGCAGCCCCAAAUCCAGAUAUCGGCCAUCCACCACUCGCGUGGAUCCGUUGGCGGAGGAGGCGGAUCCAACUCAUCCAACGCUGCCACCGACUACUCCACGAGCAGCGGUGGCAAGCGGGAGCGGGACCGCUCCUCCGCCAGCGACUACAGCAGCUCGUCCAGCAAGCAGAGCUCCGCUGCAGCGGCCAAUGCAGCAGCAGCUGCCGCCGCCGUCGCUGCCCUCCAAUACUCCCCGCAGUUCCUCCAGGCCCAGCUGGCGCUACUCCAGCAGCAGUCGAACACGACGGCCACGCCGGCAGCCGUCGCCGCUGCGGCCCUCUCGCUGGCCAACAUGUGCUCCAGCAAUGGUGGUCAGCGGAAUUCCGGUGCCGGCGUUUCCUCCACCUCCUCUGGCAGCAAUGGCCAGAGCAUGGGCCUGAAUCUGAGCUCAUCGCAGCUAAAGUACCCGCCACCCUCCACCUCGCCCGUGGUGGUGACCACCCAAACUUCGGCCAAUAUCACCACGCCGCUGACCUCCACGGCCAGCCUGCCCUCAGUGGGCCCGGGCAAUGGGCUGACCAAGUACGCCCAGCUGCUGGCCGUCAUUGAGGAGAUGGGCCGCGAUAUCCGGCCCACGUACACGGGCUCGCGCAGCUCCACGGAGCGUCUCAAGCGGGGCAUUGUCCAUGCCCGCAUCCUGGUGCGCGAAUGCCUCAUGGAAACGGAGCGUGCGGCGCGCCAAUGAGAGGAGGAGUCGCUGGCGCCGCAGCUGGCGACCCCGGAGUGAAAUGGACCAGGAGGCGAGGAUCGGCCUCAUCUAGGUUAAUUACCCCCAAACAAAAAAAACAAAAAAAAACACGGACAUAUAGCAAACGCAAAGAUCCAUUUUGUCCCAAUUAAGCAUUAAAGUGUAGCAAUUUGUACUAACUUGUAAGCCCACAUCAACUUAAUGGCCCUCGGGCCGCCGGACCAUAGUUAAAGAAUGUUUAGACUAGCUCAGGUUACAAUCGGUUAAAUCGACAAUGCUACAAGUAUAGCUGCAGCCCAAGUUAUUGGACUUGUGUAUCUCUACCGUAUACCCAUUAAUUUGUAUCCGUUAAUGCAAGACCCAGUUGCUCCUGUGUCUGCGUUAGUGAAUGCAAUCAAUUACGAGUAUCUAAUGGCAACCGCCGUCGAGGAUUUGCAGAUACAAAUGCAGAUGCAGAUACGGAUGUAUCUGGACAGGAUUUGUGCGAGUUUGUCACUGCCGGAUAAAGCUGCUCCUCGUUAUUUUAGAGAACUAUACAAAUGCAGAUAUGUAGAUGUAGUUAAGCAGAGAUAUAUGUAUACAUAUAUACUUGUUAUGCAAGCGAACAGUGUGCAUGUCCAAGUGAAUGGUGAAUUAGUGGCAAUUGACACGAGAAUAUUUAUAUAUGUAUACACAUUAUUUACUAUAUGUAUGAGAGCAAAUACGACUAAGUUCAAGCAUGUAUACCAAACCGAAACCGAAAUCGAAAUCGAAAUAAAUGCGCUAUUUUGGUUUUUGUAAACGC